AUGGAACCGGGCCAGUCAGUGGCAUAUAUAUCCGAUGUAGCUGCCCAGGGCCUAAAACCACUGUUUGUGGCGGGAUGCGCAGUAUCCUCAGUAUUUUUUGUGCUGACCUUUAUAUCGGAGCGUUGGCUACGACAUUCCCAUCGCCUCGCUCCGAAUAAAGGUGUUUACGACAAGAUUCUUUCUGUCCUUUCCAUAAUAUUCUCCAUGGUUGGAGCCGCUGGACUUAUUCUCCUUGCACAUUUUGAUACCUUUAGAUACUCCCGCCUACACAGCGGUUUCUUGGUCAUGUUUAUAGGUGGAUAUCUACUCAGCGCUAUAUUCAUAUGCCUGGAGUACCUCCGGCUCGGAAUCUACUAUAAGGAACACAAAAUCAUCUUUUUAAGCUUCUUAACAAAACUAUUUUUCAUUGUGGUCGAGUUAGCUCUGGCAAUUGCUUAUGGUGUCCUUGGAAAGAAGAGGCGCACAAGAAACACUGCCGCAAUCAUCGAAUGGGUUAUCGCCUUCAUUUUCGCCAUUUACGCACUUUCGUUCAUCAUCGAUUUGUUCCCCGCAGUGAAGAAUAGUCAUCAUAUACCCCAGGGUGAGCGCUCGCGGGCCAUGGCCCAGGCAUCCUCCAGCUUGGAAUCCGCAUCUUACCCUUCAUCGCAACCAAGGCUGAGCCAUGAGGCACAGCUUGCGACCGAGCCGAUGGUAGACGUGGGAGCUGCUUACCGUGGCCGAGUAGGUGACUCGAACCGGAUGCCUGCUGCUGCAUACAACCCACAUACCUAUAGACAGACACCAUUAUCAUGA